GCGCGGCCUCUCGGAGGGGGGGCGUACGACGCGCAUCCCCCGCGCCCGCCUGGGCCACUCGGGAGCUUCGCGGCAGCCCGGUGCCCCACUUGGCAAUCCGCUCCGUGCUUCUUCCUCGCGCCCGCCUCCUCUUGUCACCUCCCGUCUCAGCCUCCUAGCUCCAUCCCCGCCGCAUCAACCGCCAGCCGAGUGCCCCGAGAGCGAGAGGUGGUGCGCGGGUCUUCAGGGCGUGCCCUCAAGCGGACCCCGGCCCGGCAUUGGGGGGCACGGGCAGCAGCAUGGACACCAAGCGCUGCUUCGCCAACCGCUUCGAUGACUACCAGGGCAGUCUGCUGGCGGGCCAGUGCGAGGAGGCGGUGGCGCCCUUGGUCACCGCCACCAUCGAGCGCAUCCUUCAGGAGCUGCCCCCGCUCGGGGGUGGCGCUGAGGCCCGGGGGGCGGCGGCCGCGGCCAGCAGCUGCCAGGGCGGGCUGUACGGCGGCGUGGCCGGGGUGGCCUACAUGCUCUAUCACGUCUCGCAGAGCCCGCUCUUUGCCGGGUCCCGGGAGCGCUACCUGCGCUCUGCCAAACGCCUCAUAGACGCGUGCGCCCGCGCUGAGGAGUGGGGCGAGCCGGACGCCGACACCCGCGCUGCCUUCCUGCUCGGGGGAGCGGGCGUGUACGCCGUGGCCACGCUCGUGUACCACGCCCUGGGCCGGCCCGACUACGUGCAGCCGCUCGGCAAGUUCCGGGCUCUGUGCGCCGUCUGCGCGCCGGUCUCCUUCCUGGAGUGCGGCUCCGACGAGCUGUUCGUGGGCCGCGCGGGCUACCUGUGCGCCGCGCUCGUGCUCAAGCAGAAACUCGCCCAGGAGGUACUGACCCCAGCACAGAUCAAAUCGAUUUGCCAGGCGAUUCUGGACUCUGGGAAGCAGUAUGCCAUGAAAAAAAGGAAACCAUUCCCCCUGAUGUAUUCUUACUAUGGAACUGAAUACUUGGGAGCAGCUCACGGCCUGUCGUCCAUUCUCCAGAUGCUUCUGUCUUACCAUGAGCACCUCAAGCCCUCAGAUCAGGAGCUGGUGUGGCAGAGUGUGGACUUCCUCAUGGAGCAGGAACAGAACUGCAACUGGCCACCCGAGCUCGGCGAGGCCAUCGAGAGAGAGAACGAGCUGGUGCACUGGUGCCACGGCGCCCCAGGAAUUGCCUAUCUGUUUGCCAAAGCUUAUCUGGUUUCCAAAAAACCACAGUACCUGGACACGUGUAUCCGGUGUGGGGAACUUACGUGGCAGAAGGGCCUGCUGAAGAAGGGGCCGGGGAUUUGCCACGGUGUAGCUGGCAGUGCUUACGUCUUCCUGCUGCUGUACCGCCUCACGGGAAACUCUAAAUACAUCUACCGAGCCCAGAGGUUUGCUGAGUUUUUAUUUACAGAGGAAUUCAAAGCCGGCUCUCGGGUCCUUGAAAGUAUAUACAGCUUGUAUGAAGGCUUCUCCGGAACGGUGUGCUUUCUGAUCGAUCUGCUGCAGCCCAAUCAGGCAGAGUUCCCUCUCUUCAGCGUCUUUGUCUAGAAGGCUCCAUCUCCCACUGUGGCCCUGCAGAAGGUCCCUGAGAUUUCCUGAGGCAGUUUCCACAUAAGCCACAUUCAAUGGUAUCACAACCAUGAGCCUUAACAUUGUCGCCAGAAGGAAGGAAGGAGGGAAGGGAGGGAGAAGGCAGGUGAAGGCAACAUGAUACCAGACUUAAGGGAGAACAGUUUGAGAACCUGCAGAACUAAGACCCCACAACUCUUCUCAAAACCGUAGAGAUUUAAAAUUUCAGGGAAUAGAUGUGAAACCAGAGAUCAGAGGAAAAAGGGAAAGAGAACUCAUCCGUUUUUCAGUUAUGGCAUAGAAAACAAAACUGAAAUGUGGACUAUGUUGAUAAAAUGCCAGUACCUUUGCAAUUGGAGAGAGAAUUUGGCCAUUUGUGGGUGCCCUCCACCCCUAAAUUCAGAAAUAAACACAGUAAAAAACUAAAGUAAUUGCCCAGCUGAAAGUUGCUAGGAGGGAUGAAAUGUCAGGUUGCUGAAGGACAGAAAAAGAAGCUCUUGGUUGUCCUGGGCUUAUUGAAAUUUAUGGUUUUUACUGAAUGGAGAAAUUUGCAUAUGAAUCUCUAUUUUUUAUCAUUACCCUGGGCACUUUAGAGGAAACAUACCAUAACAUUCCCCCCCCCCGCCGAUUUCAUUUUUAAGUAAUGUCUAUGCCCAAUGUGGGGCUCAAACUCACAACCCUAAGAUCAAGAGUUGCAUGCUCUUCUAACUGAGCCAGCCAGGCACCCCUAAACAUAUCAUAACUUGGUUUAAGUCCUGAAAUUCGAAGGUUUUUUAGGCGUACAUCUCUUUUCCUGGUUCCUUUUUCUUUCCUAAAGCUCAAUUAGAAUAGUAAAAUUCAUAGGUUAGCAAAUACAGUAGCAAGUGUUACUGUCAAGUGUUUUUCUCAAUUUGAAGUGUGAGCUGUGUCUUCUCUAUUGUUAAUUAAUAUUAAAAUGCUUAUGUAAUCUCUAUGAAGCUAUUAGCUGAACUGUAAAAUACACUCGUGGUAAAAAUCACUCAUCUCAAAGAUCAGGGUAGCCACUACAAAGGUGUGUCGUUUCUGCCUUUGAUGGAAUACUGUGUCUCCUGGGACAGGCAGACCCUGGCUGAGAAUGGGACCUAGCGAUGGUGAAAAGAACAUUGCUAAAGUUUAUGCUGUUAGAUUAAGAGAUGAGUGAAUUCCUUGGCUGAUCACCUUAGUCUCCAAGACCCAGGCUCCACUAGAAACUGUCUACAAUACCCACUGAGCCAAGGUGUCAUUAUUAAAUUCUACCUUGCUAGAUACACAUAGAAGUUGUAAAAGUACUUCAGAUAAAUAGGGGUUUGCAGAACACGAUAGGAACAUCUGUCGGGUCAGAAUGUGAGCUUAUCCGUUUCCUAGAAUUUGGUCACUGGCGAUUUCAUAUAUUGGAGUGAGGAGGGACUUGCAUACCAUACAAGAUUUAAGAAUUAUUGAAAUAGUCUUUAAAUAUUUGCAUAUAUGUGAUAGAUGUAAAAAAUAUAUAUGUAUAUUCUACAUCUAUCUCCAUGUAAACCCGAACACUUAUUAAGUUUAGUAAUUCCUAACUUCUUGAUUUAUAAACUGGGAGGAGUUGGGAAUACUCUGUUGCCUAAAAAUAUGUGUGUGUGUGUGUGUGUGUUGACAUGUAUGUGCGUGUGUCAUGUGCUGUGUGUGUGCACACUUACUUUCCUGGGAUGAGGUUCUCUAGCAUUCAUAAGAUUCUUAAGGUAAGAACGACCUUUGUAUAUUUUAUGGCUUUAUGUUUGCACUCAUCAGAACAAGCUAGGACAAAAUAGUUUUGAAAAGCUUGCACCUUUUUUGUUUAUUAUUUCAUUUUCAUAUCCUCAGAUAUAAAUAUACAAAAUUGGCCUCAUUUGUUCGUCUUUGAAAAUACUCAGGUUGGAGCAACACCACAUAAAUAACAGCUUUCAGAUGACUCUCAAAGUUGGGUUCUUUCAUAAAGAGUCUAGGCCCUCUCAGAAAGCCUUAAGGCAAAAUGCCUUCCUUCUAUGGAGUGGUCUCCUUUUGAAAUGAUAGUGGUACCUAUCAUUUCAGCAUCUGGUUUCAAUUUCAUUUCCUUUGGCCUCUAUAGGCUGAAAGUAAUAGCAACCAAUAUAUAGGGCUUUAUGGAAUACGUGCUUUUUUCAUCAUCCAACAACCUUCAAGGUGAUUUAGGUAAUUAAUCCAAAGUCUCACAGCUAGGAAGGGGCAGAAUGAAGAUUCAAAUCCAGGGUUUCACUUCGCAAGUGUAUUUAUUCAGUACUCUAGACUAGAAUCUUGGGAUAUAGCAGUGAACCAAAGUACCCCUGGAAGGUACCUUCUGUUCUGUUUGCCGAUCCUUCCACCAUUCGUUCUUGAAACCUGAAACCUAAAGCACUGAGAAGUGAUGAUCUAGUUCAACGUAUCAGUUUCAUUUCUAGGAACUUCGGAACAACUGGACUCAUUCACGCUCGCCCACCCUUUUAAGGUCUAGCAGAGUAACUAUGACAUUGUGCUGACCCUUCUGAAAAGGCAACCCUUUUGUGUGUCAAAUCCAAGCAAAGGCAUGUUUGAGUGUGUGUUUAUGAAUCGAGACCUUGGUAAAUUAGAAAGAAGCAUAAGCUUGUUUAGCACUUAAACAUGUUGAAAGUUUUCAUUUUCCUGAAAGAGUAGAAUUGUAGCUUUUGGAAGAUCCUCUUCUAUCUUGUUUUCCCAAGAAGGGGGAAAACACCGUUAAGUGCUGCGGUAGAAAGCAUGGCAUGUCACUUCUUGUUUAAUUAACCAACUUGUUCCCUUCCAAGCAUAACAACCUUUUCUGAAUAAGUGCUUAGGCAGGUUGCCUUGUGAAGGCUACAGGGGCAUUUUCACUACCACUAGUGUAAUUGUAAUAUUAGUUACUAUAUGUGGCAUGAAUAGUUAUAAAUCCUGGAGGUAACAGUGGAAAUAUUUGAGGAUAGAUUGAGAGAAUCUCUCCACAACGGGGAGACUGCAGUAUACUUUAAGAAUGGGAAGUUUUGGAGAAUAUUACAACUCUAUCAAUUUCUUUCAUUAACACAAUUACAGACCUUCUCUUCCAAACAUACCCCCAAAUAUCAUGUAUUUUACCCAGUCGCAUUUCAGUCAUCAGUUUUAAUCUUUUGCUCCAUUUGGAGCCUAAUACCUGAGGUUUGACAAACAGGUUUUUCAGCAUGUACACCCCUGUGAUUCUUUAGGCAACUGACAACACUAUUAAGAUAAUAGUAUUUACUUUCUGAUAAUUUGAGAAAGUCAUUUUGUUGGUCUGUGUUAAAUUGGAGCUCUUCCAUGGCACUACAUACCUUUAACUUUCUUUGGCAUACUAAGAUUUUAAUCAAGGUAAUACUCAAACUGUUUCAAUUUCUUUAGAGAACAAAUCUCAAUAGUUUCAAUGCAACUAAGGUAAGCUUGUGAUUUAUAACCAUGUUGAGGAAACACAUGAAUAAAAGGAAAAACAUUACUAGUGCAAAGAGCCCUCUUCACCUCACAGGAUUGUUACGAGGGUUGCCAAUGAUAAAAAUGGAUAUAAGAGAGUUUUGUGAUGUGCAGGUCUUUUAUAUAUUUUAAAGGGAACCUAUAUUUUAAGUACCUACUAUGUGCAUAGACAAUUAUGCUCAAUUUUGACCUCAAAGAAGCAUUUCAGCCAAAUGGAAUCUCCAUAUGUGGAUGCAGUUCUCGGAGUCCUGAUCACUUGACGGGUAAAAAUGAAGUGUCUGUGUUUUAUAUUCUAGAACCAAUCCGCAGAAGGUUCUGAUUCACUGGGGCUUCGUAAAUAGGAAUAGACUGGCUUAGCUCGGAGCUCCUUUUAAUGCAAAUAUUUAUUUUGCUUGCUGGAAACAACGGAUUACAGUGCCAGUAAUGUGAGAAAAGGAGCUGGCAGACUAGCUGUGCAGAGCAAAAAUGAACUGGGAAAUAAAGUAUUUUUGGUUGAGUUUGGUCUGCAAUAUAAUUCAGGCCUCGGAACUGGGUGGCAUAUAGCGAUAGCAAUUACAUAUAAGGCCUUCUUUUGGGGAUCUGGGUUAUUUACUCAACACUGUCCCAAAUUAAUAGCUAAAUGGCCAGCCUCAGAUUCACCAAGGCCGUGUUGUCUUGGCAUAAACUUGGCCAGGAAAGCAAAUGAAAAGGCAGCCAAAGGGGUGGGUGGGGAAAGCUUGCUGGAGCUCGGCAUCUCAGUGUGAGUAGCGGAUGCACUUUUAAUGCUGCUGAGAACCAGUCAUCUUACUUGUGGGUUUUUUUGCUUUCUGGGACCUCUAAUCUCCCCCCCCACACACACCACCAACCUCCCCACCAUUCAGCAACUUCUUGUCCUCCCUUUGGUCUUUAAAUGGUACAUUCUGAUGUUUAUUUUUUCCUGUAUGUGCUUCAUCACGUGACCUCCUUUUGCCUGGGAAGGCAGGAUUUCUCCUUAUCUCUUCCAUCCAUGUCAGUUCGUAGCUAAAAGCUCCAGGCUCAAUAAGGCUGGACUUCCCUCUGGACAGAAGGGCUGACCUCAAGGUCAGCCGCAGCAAGAGUUGGGCCCAUCAGUGCAGUCAGGUCACAGGUCCAGGAUAGCUCACCCCGAGCGCAGCUGUGCGGGAGAAUAGAACAGUGGCUGCACAUAUCAUGCUUCUCCUCCAUAAAGAAACCUGAUCAUUUUAUUGGUACUCUUGUGAAAAAUACCAAAGUUGAUGCUAUAUUAAGUAUCUGGGCCUCCUGCAUUACCAUAAACCUCAUACUGGGGGUGCCCUCUCUCCCUGUUUCUUUAAUUGGAAAUGCUAAUGAAUUGAGGUCAAAUGGAUGAUGCCUUUAGGCUUAAAAAACAUUUUUAAACAUUCCCUUCAAAUAUUGAACCUUGUCAUUUCCACCUAGACUCUUCCACAAAUGGCGAGGUCCCUUAUCUGCAGCAAUUCCUGCAUCAUCUUUUGCCUUUGUGUACUUGUUACUUUCACCUGUGAACUGAAUUUGAAAAAUCACUUGAAAGGAAAACCAAAUCAUAUUUUUGUUCUUUGAAGCGGUUUGUUGGUGAGUCAUAUGGUGAAAAGAGCAGGCUAGCCUUUCUUUUCGUGCCUUUUUCCUCCCUGUACAAUAUCCAGGAAGAAGAAGGGAGGCAGGGAGAAAAGAUAUAUGAGGCAAGGCUUGACUGUGGAGGACUUGAAAAUGCAGUUUGCAAGCCCUUCCUGUUUGUUUCCUCUUUGGUUUUUCUUAGUCCCCCCUGCCUCCGCCCGUAGGAAAUUGUGUGUGUGUGUGUGUGUGUGUGUGUGUGAGAGAGAGAGAGAUGGAGAGAGAGAGAGAGAGAGAGAGAGAGAGUCUGACUUAGGGAGAGUCAGUAUCACAUAUGAUAUAAAACCCAACAGCUCUUAGAUUUAUCUGAGUGGUGAAUAGGUACGUGCAAGCAUACACUGAAUAAUGAAUGGGUCUUCAUUGUGUGUUAACUGCCCUCUAAUAAAUUAGUACAUAAUUAAUGAGGGCCCUAGUUACACUUCUAGUUGUCUAUCUUAAGCACUCAUUUUCAUUAAAAUUUCUGCCACGUUAGAGCCAUUGGUAGCCAACUGUAGAAGAUAACAGAUGUGAGUUUCACAAAUAGAGCUGCAAAUGCGAGUCACAUGCAAUUUAAAAUUUUUCUAGUAGCCACGUUUAAAAAGGAAAAACUAAAAAGAUGAAAUUAAUUUGAAUAAUGUAUUUGAUUUAAUUCAAUGUAUCCCAAAUAUUCUCAUCUCAACAUGUAAUCAGUAUAUAAUUAUUAAUCAGAUAUUUUACCUUUUUUCUGUCCCGAGUCUUCAAAAUCUGGUGUGUAUUUUACACUUACUGCACGUCGCAAAUCGGACUAGCCACAGUUCAAGUGCUCAUGAGCCCCGUGUGGGCUGGCUACUUACUGUAUGGCACCCCACUGCUGUUUCACAGUACUGAUGAGGUCUUCCCACAGCUGAUGUAUGGUUUUGUCGUUAUGAGAGGAAAUGGAGACAAAACACUGCAUGUCAUUUGAGUACUGUGGUGUUUCCCCAAAUUCUGAACACUAAUACCAAAAGCUGCCCUGGGGAAAAAUAGAUUUUGUGAUUAAAUAAGUUGGGCAUGUUCGGUUCUUUUACCCCCUUUUGGAGAUUUUUAUGGUGUAUCAACAUAUCACAGACUUGGAGAAAACCCUCUUGGAUAAAGAAACCUGUUUGAAGUUGUUGAGUUGUGUCUGUAAGGUUCAACCUCCUGUUCGUCGCUGUCGCCCAGCUGCUACUAUAAAAACAUCGUUAGUCUGGCAUGCUAUGUUUAUGGUAUACAAAUUUGUUUUUUCUAUACAGGAAAGAUUAAAGAUAUCAGCCCAUUAAAGAUAUCAGAACAAUAGUUCUGUCCCAGAGUAUUAAUCCCAAUUGAUUAUCUUGUCCUCACAGAGACCUGAGGUCAUUCCUUAUUACACUUUUGGGGACAAGAACUCUGAAAAUUGCCACAAGUGUCUCUACACUAGAAAAACUUUUGUGUCUUCCCCUCCUUCUCCACUCUUCUUGGAGCCUAUCUCUACUUAUUCUUUGUAUUCACAAUCACCCGAGAGCCAAGAUUCAUUUUCUUGUUCUAGAACCACCUACUAAAGUGAAACCACCAGAUGGCUUUAAUGUCUUGCACACGGACGUAGAUCUUCAGAGAGUACGGAAACACACACCUUCCUCUCAUGCUUUCAGAAAUUAUGAGCACUCCAGAAAAGAUGAGGGGAGAAACAUCUGAACGUGUAUAGUGUAAACACAGAAUACAGUCUCUUAAGUAGAGUAAUACCGCCCUGCUGUUGCUUUCUUUUUAUAUUUUGUGGGUGGUGUUGAUUUACAUGCUUUAAUGUGUAUUGUUUUUGUAAAGUGUGUAAAGUAGCUGUGUUAGCAAUCAGUUUAAAGAAGAUAUAAACUAUACUUAACAGCUGUCAAUCUUCAGCGUAUUAUCUUUUUGCCUUUGUUUUAGUGGGACCUCUGAUGCCGCCCCCAUAAGUUUCGUUUUGCUACCUGUGCUUAAGUGGCAAUUACCAAUUAUCAACUUUUGUCGCUGAAUUUGGUCCAAGUUGACUGCAGUAACUCUUCUAAUGUGUAUGUAUUCAAAUAAGAAGAUUGAUCUUACUGAUCAGUUUUGUCUCUGUUUUUUAGGACUAUAGUAUUUCAAUAUUAGAAAUGUCGUCUGAAAACUAAAAGCAGAAUCCCUUUGCUCUUGAAAAUGCAAAGUAUACCAUCGGUUUUAUAUAGACUCUCCAGGAGUAGGAGUGGAACAUUUGAAAUGCAAGAGUUUGGUGUUAGAAUCUGUCUGAUAAUGAAGGACAGCCCCUUCUCUAAAAAGGUAACAGCUUUCCCAACUUUGAACAUCUGGGGGAGCUGUACUUGGAAAGGCAGUCUGAAUUUUAAUCUGAUGGAUUUAAUGGCGCUUAAUUAACAAAUAUUUUUAAAAUGGAUUUUGUAGAAUCCAAUUAUUAAGGAAACACUUUGCAAAGCCAUAUAAUGGGGAACAGUCAAGCACCACAUAUUAGUGUUGGAAUGUGCAUUUACCAAGUGAAUAGAAUUUACUUCACCAAAAAGAUUUUUUGCACAAUUCACAGUACUUACAGAAAUGUGAUUGUAUCAAUGGAGAAGAAAAAGCUCACCCGCCUAAUGAUACAUUCCACAUUCUCUAGUAAACUAGUACAAUUCCUUAUUAUUUUAGGGGAUACAAAAGAAUAUCCUGUCAACAGAAUAUAAUUGCUUAUUCCUAAUUGUAUCUAGGAAUGAAUACAUACUAUUAUUUAAAGUAGUAUUAAAUUUUGAAGAACUGAUCAAUAAAUUAGUAUUAUUAAUAAAAUUGUACUCUUUGCAAUACACUUGCCUCAGCACAAAUGCAGAGUUAACAUAAAAUUAUUAAAAAAACACCAAAUAAUAGAGAUUAGUUGUUAUUACUUUAAACUCCAAAUUUCCAUUAACAUUGAAUCCAACACCAGUUAUAUGUUGCAUAUAACUAAAAUUUUGGAAGUCUUGCACACAAAAUGAGAGGCUUCUUCAAAAAUGCCUUUUUGUCAAAACAGGUUCUACGACCUCUUGCUAAUUAUAUUAUAUUUCUUUAGGGGUACUUCGAGACACAUUCAAAGACAUAUCAUUAGCUGUUAGGUCUAAAUUUAGAGCAGAACAUUCUGCCAGAUAUUUUACUAUAUCACAAAAUGUUGUGCUGUAUUUUAUAAUGGAACCAAAUUCUCUAGUAUUCUGAUAUGUUACAUAUUAUUAUACCAAAAAAACACUUUCUAUAAGUCUGUUAUUAUGUACAUAAUAUUUUAAAAAAUGGGUAUUUCAGUCCUAGGAAGAAAGUAUAAUGCAAUACGUGACAUUAAACUGAUCUUUAGUCAAAAUCCAUUUAGGUAUUACAGGGAAAGAGCAAUCAUAGGCUUGAAUGUAUACAUUAUCCUCAAGGACAAAACGGUAAAUGAUAAUACCUAAAGACAGGGUCACUGGGGCAAGUUAGCUGGUGUGCACACUGAGAAGGAUCAACUUGCAAAUGCUCAUCAGAUUUUAGCUUUUGCUAUUGGUUGUUCCUGGAGGGGGAAGUGCUACAGUCAAUUGAUCUUGCCUCCCCUUUGUGUGUGUGGGGUGGGGGUGGGGGUCUCACAGCUGCUGCAUGGUAUAAUGAAAUCUCUUUAGAGGCAAGAUUGAGUCAGAAACUUAGAGAUGCACCUUACUGUUUUAAAAACUGCUGUUACAAUGUUCUAAACACUGUGAUCUUCCCAAAUGUGUUUUCUGUAUUAGUUUUGUACUGUAGAAAAUAAUUCACCAUAAACUGGACUCUAUACUGUUUAAAGCAAUGUUAUUUAUUGGCUUAUCCUUCCCCAUAUUUAUGUACAGUCUGCUUAAUAAUAUGAAACCUGUGAUAAUCCUUUGCCUUAAAAUAAAAUCCAAUGCUAAA